GGCGGCCGUGAGGCGGCGGUAAGAUGGCGGCGUUGGAAAGAGGGGGCAGCCCGUCAGUGCAGGCGGCCGGGGAGGAGGAGCCGCCGCUGGGCCUCGAUUCGUUGGUGGAGGAGGAGGCGGCGGCCAGCGCCGGGUUCCGAUUGACGGCGGUGAGGAGAGAACCGGCCGUGAGGCUGCAGCACGGGGUCAGCGGGUUGGAGCCGUUGGCCUGGUCGGAGGAUCACAGGGUGUCGGUGAGCACGGCCCGAAGCAUCGCGGUGUUGGAGCAGCUGAGCGAUGUGCACAGCGGGGGGCAGGAGAUGGUCAUCCACCGUACGGCUGUGCCAGCGCCCGGCAACGCCUGUCUGCUGAAGGUUGGCCCAAAAAAGGAGGUAGCAGAAUGCAAAGAGAAGUUUGCCAAUUCCACGGAUCCGACUGUUAGUCAAACUUUUAUGCUGGAUCGUGUGUUCAAUCCAGAGGGAAAGUCGCUGCCACCGAUGCGAGGAUUCAAGUAUUCCAGCUGGUCACCGCUGGGCUGUGAUGCCAAUGGGAGGUGCCUGCUUGCAGCUUUAACCAUGGACAAUCGAUUGACCAUCCACUCAAACCUCAACAGGCUGCAGUGGGUUCAGCUGGUGGACCUGACGGAAAUCUAUGGGGAGCGUUUGUACGAAGCCAGUUACAGACUGACCAAAGCUGACACUCCCAGAGGAGAAUUAGAAGACUUCUCUGAAUUUCAACGACGGCACAGCAUGCAAACCCCAGUGCGCAUGGAGUGGUCGGGUAUCUGUACCACUCAGCAGGUUAAACAUAACAACGAGUGCCGGGAUGUUGGCAGCGUGCUCUUAGCAGUGCUCUUUGAAAACAGUAACAUUGCGGUUUGGCAAUUUCAGCUUCCUUUUCUGGGUAAGGAAUCCAUUACUUCUUGCAGUACCAUAGAGUCUGGAAUAAGUUCUCCGAGUGUCCUGUCUUGGUGGGAAUAUGAACAUAACAACCGAAAGAUGAGUGGACUUAUUGUAGGGAGUGCUUUCGGACCAGUUAAAAUCCUUCCCGUCAAUCUAAAAGCAGUCAAAGGCUACUUUACUCUCAGACAGCCCGUAGUCUUAUGGCAAGAAAUGGACCAGUUGCCCGUGCAUAGUAUCAAAUGUAUUCCUCUUUACCAUCCCUACCAGAAAUGUAGUUGUAGCUUAGUGGUGGCCGCAAGAGGAUCUUACGUGUUUUGGUGUCUUCUGUUGAUAUCCAAGGCAGGUCUGAAUGUCCAUAAUUCCCAUGUGACAGGGCUACAUUCUUUGCCAAUUGUAUCUAUGACGGCGGACAAACAGAACGGCACAGUGUAUACGUGCUCCAACGAUGGAAAGGUAAGGCAGCUGAUUCCUAUCUUUACAGACGUUGCUUUAAAGUUUGAGCACCAGCUGAUUAAGCUCUCAGAAGUGUUUGGCUCUGUGAGGACUCACGGAAUAGCUGUUAGCCCCUGCGGUGCAUACUUAGCAGUUAUUACAACUGAGGGCAUGACUAAUGGCCUUCACCCCGUUAACAAAAACUACCAAGUUCAGUUCGUUACCCUUAAGACUUUUGAGGAGGCAGCUGCACAGCUCUUGGAAUCUUCCGUUCAGAACCUAUUCCGGCAAGUGGACUUGACAGAUCUGGUACGCUGGAAAAUCUUGAAGGAUAAGCAUAUUCCUCAAUUUUUACAGGAAGCCCUGGAUAAAAAGAUUGAGAGCUGUGGGUCUACUUAUUUCUGGCGGUUUAAGCUGUUUCUCCUGAGGAUUUUAUACCAGUCAAUGCAGAAAGCUCCCUCGGAGGUGGUGUGGAAACCUUCACACGAGGAUGCAAAAAUCCUGAUAUCUGAUUCCCCUGGAAUGGGCAGCACUGAAGAUGAUCAAGAGGAAGGAACUUCUAAACAAGCCAGAAGGCAGAGCCUAUGCGACACAGGCAAAGGUAUGGACGUAGAUGACACUGCAGAUGAUUCUCUUCCUCAGUCGAAUGACGUAGGAGGCCGCGAGCCAAUGGAAGAAAAGCUUCUUGAAAUACAGGCACAGAUUGAGGCGGUAGAAAUGCACUUGACACGAGAACACAUGAAACGGGUGUUGGGAGAAGUUUAUCUACACACAUGGAUUACAGAAAACACCAGUAUUCCCACCAGAGGAGUCUGUGAUUUCUUAAUGUCCGAUGAUGGAUAUGAUGACAGAACAGCACGAGUGCUGAUUGGGCAUAUCUUAAAGAAAAUGAACAAACAGACUUUUCCAGAGCAUUGCAGCUUGUGCAAGGAGAUCCUGCCAUUCACUGAUCGCAAACAGGCAGUCUGCUCCAAUGGACAUAUUUGGCUCAGGUGCUUUCUAACCUACCAGUCCUGUCAGAGUUUGGUAUACAGGAGGUGUUUGCUUCACGACAGCAUUGCACGGCAUCCAACCCCAGAAGAUCCUGAGUGGAUCAAGAGGUUACUGCAAGGACCCUGCACGUUCUGUGAUUCUCCUGUGUUCUAGAGAAGAGCUGUCUAAAGACUCCAACUAUUUUCUCUACUGCAUAAGCUCUCUUCACAGUCUAGAAUGAUAUCAAGUGCAGGAAUAUAAAGGAAUAUAAACUGCAAUGAAAGGGAGGACUCUGUCUGUGACCCUGUAAAUAGAACACUGGAUGUUCUAGGAACUCCCUGUGUCCAGAGGCCAUUCCAUGCUCCAGAAGCAGAAUUACAUCUGGAAGAGUGAGCUCAUAAAACAGUUUCAAAAUGUGCCCCAUUGAUAUGUCAGCAGCUGGACAUGCUUCCUUUUACUGAAGAGAAACUGAAGUCUUAAUAUUGAAUUAACAAAACAAUUUGUGGUUCUAAUUUCUUGAAGAGCAAAGCCAAUGUCAGUUGCAGCCAUAGGAAAGAAAUUGGCCAUGAUAGUAGUUUCACCUUAAGUCCUGAAGAAUAACCACCUUUGAGCUAUUAUAGCAGUGCUGCAGUUAGAAGGGUAAAACUUGGAUCAAAUACAGAUCAGCAAGAAGAGAUUUUAAUGUUUCUCUUCCAUUGUGGAAAGCUCUUUCCACAAACAUGCAAAACAAAACCCCCCAACAUGGCUGAUGUACUCCAAGUUUCCACAGCUGGUCUUGGAGCCUGGUGAAGCUGCUCUUAUAUAGCCCUGACUUCAUAAAUAAGGUGGUGAUGUAGCAUGGCUGAGCCCAGAAAUCUGUCCUGCUUUCAGAAAAGAGUCAGUCUCUUCCAUCUGGUUCACAUAGGGAGCAAGAGAAUCCUUUUCAGCUUCCCUUGCAGUGCUAGAGGGACGAUACCUCUAAAACAUGUAUGGUUAUGUGGUACAGUUGUCUUGUUAAAAAACCAAACCACAAACACGGUGUCAAAUAAUACAAGGUUUGUGUAUUUACAUUCCUCAGAAGAUGAACUGGGACACUCAGAUGUGCUGCUCUGUUUGUGACCCCUCUCAUUGUGUGUCAAGUCCUUUAUAGCUGCUGGAGAGAAGACCAGGAACUGUGCUGACAGUGUCAGUCUCCAGCAGCGUGUGUGUGGAUUGGUGCCUAUGUUUCCUUGAUUUACUGACUAUGCAUAUUAUCUUCACGUUCCUUAACCUUUAGCAGGAGCAAACGUUUUGCAGCUAACGUUGAAACAAGUCGGCUGUCCUCACUGUUCGGUGUUUCAUGCAUUAAGCACGACAGUGCUUUGAGUGAGAAUAAUACUGAUGUGGUAGGCUAGAACAGCGGAAGCACGUUCACCUGUAAAAUAAUUAGUCUCGUUUGUAAAUAUCCUUGGAAACGAUACCAUGACUGUAUUAAAGAAAUGUUUAGUUUUUUA